CAAAUGUGAAAUUACUAUAGGAUAGUUAGCUCGUCUUCUAUUAACCUAUCCCGUUCGUGGUACCUGUAACCUGAAGGUAAAAGCAAAUUCGGUAUGUGUGUAGUAACCAGUUGACCGUAGUAAGAUUUCUAACCGGCAAAAAUAUAAUAUGUACAUGACAACAAAUUAAUCUGUGUGUGAUGGCCAGAGAGUGAAUAGUGAGUUGUCCUCGAUCAAUGUGUAUUGAUCAUUGAUUCUGUGAAUCAGUAGAUGCUAGUGCUCCGCACACCGGCGAAUUUGAAUAAAAACACCGGUAAUGUGGAAAAUUAGGAGAGUAUAAAUACAAUAGCUGCACUAUUUGGCAACAUCCUUUCAGGAGCCAAUUUUCCUUAUUGAAUGAUAACUGAUUGACUUGCGUAUUGCAUCAGUGAGCGAAUCCGAAACCUUCAGCCUUCACGUAGUGGGCGAGUUUAAUGCUCGUCGGAAAGUUAUUUGGAAAUUGAAAGAUGACUUUAAAUUCAUCAGUGCUGGAUAGAUUUUGCGGUUCAAAAUUUUGGGAUACAUCUUUAUCAUGGAAUACAACAGAUCCAGACUUAACAGUUUGUUUUGAAAGAACAGUUUUACUAUGGAUUCCCUGUGUAUUUUUAUGGAGUUUUUCAUUUCUAGAAGUGUCCUAUAUAUUAAAUAGCAAAAACAAGGAUAUACCUUGGAACUGGUUGAAUGUAUCGAAAUUCAUAUUGACACUGUUUCUGUGUGUGUUAUCUGCAGUUGAGUUCAUAGUGAAUUUAAUUUCUGAUAAAGAACUGUACAAUGUGGAUAUAUUUACACCUGGAAUAAAAAUAUUAUCUUUUGCACUAUCAGCACUACUCCUCUUAUAUAAUCGCAAACAUGGGUUAAGGACAUCAGGACUUCAAUUUUUAUUUUGGUUACUCCUGGUAGUGUGUGGAGCAUUUCAGUUGAGAACAGAGAUUCGUACAGCCAGUGCUGGUGAAGGAUAUCUUAUAUCUUUCUUUGAAUAUGUUACUUUCAUAUUAUAUUAUGCAGUCGUUUUGGUUGUAUUUCUGUUGAAUUGUUUUGUUGACCAACCUCCUAGAAUCACUAAGUAUCCAAGAUCUAAGAAACCUUGUCCAGAAGAAGAAAGUGGAUUUUUGGCGAAAAUUCUCUUCUCUUGGUUUGAUAAACUUGCAUGGCUAGGAUAUAAAAAACCUUUAGUUAUUGAAGAUCUCUGGGAUUUGAAACCAGAAGAUUCUGCUGUUGAAGUUGUUCCUAUUUUCAAUAAGAACUGGCAGGCUACUUUGAGAAAAACUCAUGGCUACACCUCAGUCCAAGAGACAAACGUGACUUACAAACCUGAUACAGGAAACGUGGCGUUUUUCAAUAAUCCGAAUAAAAAAGAAGCAUCUAUAUUGCCCGUUUUGGUAAAGUCUUUUGGGUCAACUUUCUUUUUUGGCGCAUUUUUGAAACUUAUUCAAGACCUUCUGUCAUUUGUUAGUCCACAAAUUCUAAGUCUCCUCAUAAAUUUUGCGAAAAAUAAAGAGGAACCAUGGAAAGGCUUCCUAUAUACAGGUCUCCUUUUUUUAACUGCAACCAUACAAACCAUGGUACUCGCACAGUACUUCAAUCGAAUGUUUCUUGUUGGUAUAAGAAUUCGGACGGCUUUAGUCUCUACAAUUUAUCGCAAAUCACUGAGAAUAUCUACAGCUGCAAGAAAAGAAAGUACUGUUGGAGAAAUAGUGAACUUGAUGUCGGUUGACGCUCAAAAAUUUGUUGAAUUAACGGCUUUUUUGAAUUUGAUUUGGUCAGCACCAUUACAAAUCAUUCUUUCUCUCUAUUUCCUAUGGAAGAUCUUGGGACCCUCAGUAUUAGCUGGAUUAGCAGUGAUGAUCAUUUUGAUUCCAGUAAAUGGUUUUAUAGCAAAUAAAGUGAAAGUCCUUCAGAUCAAGCAAAUGAAGAACAAGGACGAAAGGGUAAAAUUGAUGAAUGAGGUACUUAAUGGAAUAAAAGUUUUGAAAUUAUAUGCUUGGGAGCCAAGCUUUGAGAGACAAGUGUUGAACAUAAGGUCUAAAGAGAUUGCAGUGCUCAAGCAAACAGCAUAUAUGAAUGCAGGUACAUCGUUUAUAUGGUCCUGCGCUCCUUUUUUGAUCACAAUGAUUACAUUCCUAAUUUACGUUUUAUCUGAUUCUUCGAACAUUCUGACUGUUCAAGUGGCUUUUGUGUCAAUUACACUUUUCAACAUAAUGCGUAUUCCUAUGUCUCUUCUACCAAUGCUGAUUGUUUUUGUUGUUGAGUGUUACGUAUCCGUAAAAAGAAUCAACAAAUUUUUAAAUUUGGAAGAAUUGGAUCCAAGCAAUGUGACCCAUGAUUCAUCAGAAGGCGCUUGUCUCGUGGUUAAGAACGGAACGUUUUCUUGGGGUGAAGAGAAUAUAUUGAAAAAUAUCAAUGUACGCAUUAAUUACAGUUCACUGACAUCAAUCGUUGGAACUGUUGGCUCUGGAAAGAGUAGUUUAAUAUCGGCGUUCCUUGGAGAAAUGGAAAAGAGGUCUGGACAAGUGAACUCAGUAGGAACUGUAGCAUAUGUAGCGCAGCAGGCUUGGAUACAAAAUGCUACAUUGCGAGAUAAUAUACUUUUUGGAAAAAUUUAUGAUAAAGACUUGUAUGAUAAAGUGGUCGAAGCUUGUGCCCUCAAAGCCGAUCUUGCUAUGUUACCUGCUGGAGACCAGACUGAAAUAGGAGAAAAGGGUAUUAAUCUAUCAGGAGGUCAAAAGCAAAGAGUUAGUUUGGCAAGAGCUGUUUACGCAGAUGCAGAUAUUUAUUAUUUGGACGAUCCGUUGAGCGCUGUGGAUAGUCAUGUUGGUAAACAUAUUUUCGAACAAGUUAUCGGUCCAAAAGGAAUUCUAAAAAAAAAGACGAGAGUAUUCGUAACUCAUGCCAUCACUUAUUUACCACAAAUGGAUCAGAUAUUAGUAAUGAAAGACGGGGAAAUAUCUGAAACUGGUACUUACCAAGAACUGCUUGAUAAGAAAGGAGCAUUCGCAGAAUUUUUGAUUAAUCAUAUCAAUGCCGCUGUGGAUGAGGAAGAUUCAGAUUUAGAUGAAUUAACAAAUACAUUAGGAAACGCAUUGGAAGUGAGCCAAGAUAUAGCCAGUAGACUGCAGAGACACAGAUCCAGAGUUUCUGAAUCAGAAUCUGAGAAAAUGAACGGCUCUCUCAAGCGCCAGAAAUCUAGUGAUAGUGGGGACAACAACAUAUUGAGGAAACGUUCAAGUAGUACCACAAGUAAUACGCCGAAAAAAGACGUGAAAAUUGGAGAGAAGUUGAUCGAUGCAGAAAAAACAGAAACUGGUAGUGUCAGUUUAGACGUUUACAAACACUAUUUGAAAUCAAUUGGUAUAUUCUUAACAAUAGGAACAAUUAUUUUGAAUAUGAUAUUCCAAGCAUUCAGUGUUGGUUCUAACUUUUGGCUGGUGAAAUGGUCAAGUGAUAAAACACUGAUUAGAGAUGAUAAUUCAACAGAUAUUGAUAAAAGGAAUAUGUAUUUGGGUGUGUAUGGAGCAAUGGGUUUGGGACAAGUUCUGUCGGUGUCUGUAUCAUCGUUGGUAUUGUUCUUGGGAACACUGAAUGGGGCUAAAUUGCUCCAUGACUUGCUCCUUUUCAAAGUGAUGCGUUUUUCUACUACUACGUUCUUUGAUGUCACUCCCAUAGGAAGAAUUUUGAAUCGCUUUUCGAAAGAUAUUGAUGUUUUGGAUAAUGUCCUUCCAAUGACAAUUAGAGGAUGGAUUCAUUGCUUGUUUGGGGUCCUAGGAACGUUAUUUGUUAUCAGUUAUUCAUCUCCAGCAUUUGUAAUAGUUAUUCUGGUUGUUGGUAUCAUUUAUUACGUUUUCCAACGCUACUACGUUGAGACAUCCAGGCAAUUGAAACGAUUAGAAUCGGUGUCGAGGUCUCCUAUAUACUCACAUUUUGGAGAAACUAUUACGGGAGCUUCUGUAAUAAGGGCAUAUUGUCAGGAGGAUAGAUUCAUAUUGGAGUCCGACAAUAAGGUGAACACAAACCAGAUGUGUUGCUACCCAAGUGUUAUUGCCAACAGAUGGUUGGCUGUGAGGUUAGAAAUGGUAGGAAACGUCAUUAUUUUAUUUGCUGCUCUAUUUGCUGUCUGGGGAAGAGAUAGCAUUGAUGCAGGACUCGUUGGACUAUCUGUCAGCUACGCUUUGCAGAUAACUCAAACGUUGAAUUGGUUAGUGAGGAUGACGUCAGACGUGGAGACUAAUAUUGUAGCUGUGGAACGUAUAAAAGAAUAUGCCGAAGCGCCACAGGAAGCACCUUGGGUAAUUGAAAACAAAGCACCAAACAACUCUUGGCCCGAAGUUGGUAACGUUGCGUUCAGAGAUUUAAGCGUGAGGUAUCGUCCGGGAUUGGAUUUGGUCCUGAAAAAGCUUUCUUUCAAUAUCACGGGCGGAGAGAAAGUCGGUAUCGUUGGAAGAACUGGAGCUGGAAAAUCAAGUCUGACACUAUCACUUUUUAGAAUAAUUGAAGCUGCUGAGGGAGCCAUAGAAAUUGAUGGUGUCAAUAUUUCUGAAAUAGGUUUGCACUCUCUUCGUUCAAGAUUAACAAUCAUCCCUCAAGAUGCAGUGCUGUUUUCUGGUUCCCUGCGGAUGAACUUAGAUCCUUUCGAUGCUCAUUCAGAUGAAGAAGUUUGGAAAGCUCUGGAGCAAGCACAUUUAAAAAGUUUCGUCCAAGCUCUUCCUGCUGCUUUGUCCCAUGAAGUCACAGAAGGCGGAGAAAAUCUAUCGGUUGGUCAAAGACAAUUGAUAUGCUUAGCUAGGGCCCUACUACGCAAAACUAAAAUUUUAAUAUUGGACGAAGCUACAGCUGCUGUUGAUCUUGAAACAGAUGAUCUCAUCCAAAGUACAAUUCGAAGAGAAUUCAAAGAAUGCACAGUACUUACAAUUGCACAUAGAUUGAAUACUAUCAUGGAUUCAGACAGGGUUAUAGUUUUAGAUAAAGGAAUUAUUGUCGAGUUUGAUACUCCACAAAAUCUAUUAAAAGGUCCAACUAUUUUCAGGAGUAUGUGUCAAGAUGCCGGAAUUGUAUGAACUUGCCAUAUGCACAGUUGUGUUCUUAAAAGAGCAAUUAUUGAGACAAUCUUUUCCCAAAUCCAACCAAUCAAAAAUAUUUUGAGAUCAAAAGAUCAUUAGUUGUUUGUUAAGUACAAUUUCAUCACACUAAGUAAUCUAGUUAUUUGAUAUUGAUUAGUCUGAACAUAAUUUUGUCUAUUUGAUGUUGAGCAAUUAUUUUUUACAUGUAUUUUUAUAUUCUAACUGCUCCUCUGGCGGCCAAAAUGGAAAUGUAUUCCUCAAAGCAGCUCACCGAGAUUAUAAAUUUGGAUCAAAAUAUUACUACCUCAUCACCAAUAUGAAAUUUGUGGAAUGAAGUUUGUGAUAUUCAACUGCUCUUACUACUUAAUUUUAUGAAUAUUAGAUUUUGUUCAAGAUUCUUAUUUCUCGAAUAUUAAAUUAAUGGUUUCUGAACCUAUCUCUGAAACAGUAUUUGAGGAGCUACUUAAAAUGAAUUAACUAGUAGUAACUUACAUACAGAAUAUGAUUUUAUUCUUCUGAUUUAUUGUUUUUGUAGUUUUUGAAAUAAACUUAUUUUGACAUA